UCCGGCCUCACAUUGCAGCACAACCUCUGGGGAAAACAUCUCUCUAUACUUACUGCAGCCAUGGACAUCGGUGGAUUUAAUCUUUUGGCUCCUCACAACAACAAUGCGAACCAACAAGCUCACUUGUGGAGACCGUGGACCGGAACCGAGACCGGAACUGCCACGUUCACGGCUUCUGCUGAACCGCAACCACCGAAACCAGCCAUGUUCGUUCACCCAGUCAAGUUAUACUGGCCAAAAACCAAAUGCUUCGACUACCUGUACCGAGAAGCGGAGAUGCUCCUUCGGAACUACCCGGUCCAAGCGACCAUCUGCCCCUUUGACGACUCCUCCAGCAGUGAGGAAGACAGCGAGGAAGAGGAGGAUGACUAUGACGAUGACGAUUAUGAGGAGGAGACGGAGAUGGGGAAGGAACAGAACUAAAAGAACAACAAACGGACGUGCAUAAUGCCUUAAUAUAUUUUUUAUAUUUAUUUCUAUGU